AUGGCGGGCUCUAAUCCAGAGGUGAAGCUGCGUCGCCGGCGCCGGCAAGAACCUCUGCAGCAGGAGGAGCAGCAGCAGCAGCAGCAGCAGCAGCGGCGGCGGCGGCGGCGGCGGCAUCAUCAUCACCAUCAGCAGCAGCAGCAACAGCAGGAGCAGCAGCAGCAGCAGCAGCAGCUGCGGCAGCAGGGCGACUUCCACGAGCAGGAGCCGCACGUGCAGCUUCAGGGGCCCCCACCGCCGCCCGCGCAGCAGCUGCUAUCUCUGCAGCAGGACUUGAACCCCCUGCCCAAGCUGCGGCGCGGCUGGCGGUGGUAUCUGGUGUUGGCAAAGAGGUUGCUGGUGGCGAAGGGCCUAGUGUUGUUGGCGGCCGCGGCGAUCAACAGCCUCCCCAACGGCGGCAUGUGA